AAAUUAGACCACGAAGAAAUGAUGAAGGAUUUGUGUGGUAUAUCGACAAGACAAAAGGAGAUCAUGAAACAACAAGAGGAAAUGUUAAUGUCAUCAGUCAAGAAAAAUGAAAAUGCCGAUCUGACUGAACAACGAAACAUAAUUGGUCAGACGGAGAACUGGAUUCGGGAACAACGAAGUUCAUCUCAGUUUGUAACGACGAAGGCAUUUGCAGUUGCUAAAGAUAAAAUCAAAGAGAAACGGUUUGUGGUUAUAAGGGGAGACUCUGGUGCAGGUAAGACCCGCUUAGCCAUUGAAUUAUUAGACUGGCUUCAACUUUCCACGGAAAACCACAUGUUUAAUGGCAAGAAGCCUCUCCGCCUUCCAAACCUUCAGAGCUGGGAUAAGGUAAUUUCAGCAAAUUCAAAUCUCACCAUUUUGUUGGAUGAUGUGUUAGGCUAUAGUUCUGAUGAUACACAAAAUUUGGCAUGGUGGCAACAGCAUGCUGAGAUGAUCAAACCAAUCGUACACGGAAAGGAAUCGGCAAACUACUUGGUUAUCACAGUAAGAAAUGACAUAUAUCAUGAAUACAAAUCUAAGUUCGUGUGUCUGUCACUGUUUGAUGAGGAAAAUGUCAUUGAUCUCAGCUCUCCUGAUUACAUUUUAGAGGAAGAGAGGGCAGCUUUGCUCAGUUUAUAUACAUCAAAAAUAAAUAAUUUUGAACCAUUCACAGAAAGUGAGGUCAAUCAGAUCAUUGACGUGUCACCACCGAUCGGGUUUCCUGAAUGUUGUCGUAUCUUCAAAAUAACUCCAGAGUUGCAUUCAGAAAGAGUAACGUAUUUCAGAAGACCAUUACAAAGCCUUAGGAUGGUAAUCAGGGAGAAGUUUAACAGAGCGAAACAAACAGCGCUGUUGUAUCUUCUGUUAUCUACAGAACCUGUCUCAACCGAAAGGCUGGAUUUUGAAAAUACACAUUUUGACAAAGAAGGGAUAGAGCGUGUAUUCAGAAUCUCUGCUCACGUCUUUCCUGAUUCAUACAAUGAUAAUGAUUCACCUGUAACGCAAAUUCGAUGUCUGCAGAGAGGCCUUGAUGUCUUAUGUGGUUCAUUUGUACAUAAAGCGAAAGGUAUCUUUACGUUCUUCCAUGACUCAAUACAAGAUACCGUCGCUAUUCUCUAUGGGGAAGCGACACCAACGGGGUUCCUAAAGAACUGCCCAAGCAGUUGUUUGCAUUACCUAGCAACACAUCAAAAGAAAGACAUUGAAAGCGUUAUAAAACGUAUUUGUCAUGACGACAUGAAGGAAUCGCUGAUAGAUGAAGAUGGACAGCUGGAGAUGUGUUUGUACCUUAUUAAAGAAUAUCCUGCAACUUUGUGUAAAAAGGACAAUCACGGUAAUCACUGCCUCCAUUUCGUUGCCCUUUCUGGCAAUUCGGAGAGCUUUAAAUCAAUAGCUUCAUUAGUUUUAGAAGGCAAAUCCAAAACAGAAAAAGAGAAUUUCAUGAAAAAUCUACAAACCCGAGAUGGAACAACCGUAUUACAUCAUGCCUGUAAAACUGGGAAGACAGAUUUUUGUCUGUAUCUGAUCCGAGAGUAUCCUCAAUUGCUAAAUCAAAAAGACAAAAUAGGUCAUCAUUGUCUCCAUGUGAUUGCAAAAAACGGUAAAGUAGAAUGCUUUAAAGCAAUAGAAGCAUUAGUUCUAAAAGGUAGAUCAAAAGCCGAUAUGGAACGGUUCAUGGAGACUCUUACGGUGGAAACAGAAUUUGAAACUGUUUUACACAACGCUGCGGUGACCGGAAAUACAGAAAUGUGUUUGUACUUGAUCAAAGAAUAUCCUAAACUCGCUGGUCAAAAAAGCAGAAAUGGAGAUCACUUCCUUCAUGGCAUUGCACUAUCUGGAAAUGUCGAUUGUUUUGAAUCCGUAGCUGCAUUUGUUUUAAAUGGUAAAACAAAAACAGAACGUGAACAAUUCUUAAAAACAAUUAUUAACGACGAGGAAGAGACUGUUUUACAUCAUGCUUGUAAUACCCUGGAUUGUUUUCGCAAAGAGACAAAUAUGGUAAUCACUGUCUUCAUCUCACUGUACAAACAGGCAAUGCAGAAUGCUUUAAAGCAAUAG